ACCACCCCCCUCUAUAAAGUUGAGUAUAUGACUUCUGAUUUGCGGACCGGCCUGAUUAACUGACGGCCCACGGGCCACAGUAGCUCAAUUGUUGACCCCCGUGACCCACAAUUGUCUAAUUUUUUUAGCCAAAAAAUAUUACUACUAAUUAUUGUUUUAACUUCAAUGCAAGAUGUAAGAACUAUUUUUUGUUCAUAAAAUAUUGCGUGUUUGUAUUCAGAAAUGGUUGGUUACAAUUAUUUGAUGAUGAUGAUUAACGCUUAAUUCACAUCACAGUCAUUUCUUCAUAAACCAAACAGACAAAUUGAUUUAUUUAGGGUUUCAAAUUACUGAGAGCAAUACCAUACUACCUUCUUCCUUCCAAUGUCUGACAUCGAAAAUCACGGUGCUUCUUCCCCCGAAAAGCCAAGUUCCCGUGGAGCUGGUCAUGAGAGCACGCGGAUGAGAAGGAGAGAUGGAGAAAGGAAAACUUUUCAUGACCGCCGUCACAGAGACGAUAAGUAUGAAGGUUUUAAAGGAAGAGGCAGAUAUGACAGUUAUAAUCGUCACCGUGGCCGUGAUUAUGAUAGGCAUAAUGACUAUGUUCGUGACGAAGAUACAAGGCAGAGAUACGGUGCACGGUCAAAGAGAUCCAGGAGGGAAUCUAGAUCUAGAUCUAGAUCACGAUCCAAAUCCCCUCCUCAACCUGAAGGCAAAAGGACCUCUGGUUUUGAUAUGGCACCACCUGCUACGGGCGUAACACCCGCUGUUUCAGGACAAAUGCCGGGGAUUGCUCAUAUGAUUCAAGGGGCUACACAAAAUUUGUCACCAUUUGGAAUUUCACAGAUUGGAGCUCUAUCAUUAAUGCAAGUUCAACCUAUGACACAGCAGGCUACAAGGCACGCUCGGCGAGUGUACGUUGGUGGGCUUCCUCCUUUUACUAACGAGCAGUCAAUUGCAUCAUUCUUUAGCCAAGUGAUGGUUGCUAUUGGGGGAAAUUCUGCUGGAUCAGGUGAUUCUGUUGUCAAUGUCUACAUCAAUCACGAGAAGAAAUUUGCAUUUGUGGAGAUGAGAACCGUUGAAGAAGCUAGCAAUGCAAUGGCUUUAGAUGGAAUAGUAUUUGAGGGUGUUGCUGUGAGGGUUCGUAGACCAACUGACUAUAAUCCUUCGUUAGCUGCAGCUCUUGGUCCUUGCCAGCCAAGUCCAAACCUUAACUUAUCUGCUGUUGGACUUUCUGCAGGUUCAAUUGGUGGAGCUGAGGGACUUGAUCGCAUCUUUGUGGGAGGGCUGCCAUACUACUUUACUGAAGUACAAAUGAGAGAGUUGCUCCAAGCUUUUGGUCCUCUCCGGAAUUUUGAUAUAGUUAGAGAUAAAGAGACUGGAAAUUCUAAAGGAUAUGGUUUUUGCAUCUAUCAGGAUCCAGCAGUAACAGACAUCGCUUGCGCUUCUCUCAAUGGCCUUAAAAUGGGCGAUAAAACAUUAACCGUAAGGCGUGCUACUGUCAGUGCACAUUCUAAAACAGAAGAGGAACACAUCUUUGCACGGGCACAACAGCAUAUAGCUAUGCAGAAAACAGCUUUUGAAGUGAGUGGGAUAAAUAUUUCAGAAGUCGAAAGAAUGCCAACAAACGAUGAAAGCCCCACUAAAGUUUUAUGUCUAUCUGAGGCCGUUACUACUGAUCAAUUAAUGGAUAAUGGAGAAUAUGAAGAAAUAUUGGAAGAUAUGCGGGAUGAAUGCUGCAAGUUUGGUACCUUAAUAAAUGUUGUUAUUCCUCGCCCAAAUCAAAACGGAGAGCUGUCUACAGGUAUUGGAAAGGUGUUCUUGGAAUAUUCUGACUGUGCCGGUUGUUUAGCUGCAAAAAAUGCUCUAAAUGGUAGGAAAUUUGGGGGGAAUAUUGUGACUGCUGUAUAUUAUCCAGAAGAAAAAUAUCAUAGUAUGGAUUAUGAUCUAUAAUCAAUUGUAGGGACAAUUAUGUUACGUAGUGUUUAUAGACUUUUGGUCACUCAUGUGUUACAUGUAAUUUUGAAACCAAGUUUAUUAGAAUACUACAAUUGGUAAUAUUCACUUGUCGAUCAUAUAUCGAUGCUAUUGUCAAUGAUGUAUACACGCCUUCACGGAAAAUAUCCUGUAUUCAUACAAUUUUAAAAGUCAACAUUUGGAUUCUUCAAAA